GCAUCCACCUGUGCCACUCUGCAGUGUCACACACUGUGCCCAGAAGUGCCACCUACCUGUGCCCAGCAGUGCCCACCCACCUGUGCCCACCACCUGUGCCCACCCACCAGUGCCACCCACCAGUCAGUGCCCAGCGGUUGUGCCAGUCAGUGCUGCCAGUCAGUGCCCAGCAGUGAUGCCAGUCAGUGCCGCCUAUCAGUACCCAUCAUUAGUGUCACCUAUCAGUGCCGCCUAUCAGUGCUGCAUAUUAUGCCCUUUAGUGCUGCCUAUCAGUGCCCUUUAGUGCUGCCUAUCAGUGCCGCCUAUCAGUGCCCAUCAGUGCUGCCUCAUCAACGCACAUCAGUG